AUGCGCCUCCUGACCUCGCGCCUACUCGUGGCGACCAUUGUCCUGCUUCUCCUCGCUGCCUCGUGCCAGGCCUCUGUCAGUACGGGCCAUCAGAGCCAUGACAUCUUCGACGUAGCUCCUUCCUCUCGCCAUCUAAGUAAGAGAGUCGACGAGGAGACAGUCGCAUCCGCGUGGUCCAAGGCACAGGUCCCCGAAAGGCUUCGAAACUGGAAGAUUUUCCAGGAUGGCGGUGGGUUCCGAGAGACGAUUCGCAAAGGCUACAUUGGCUUCCUACGCAAGCUCGACAAGCUGCACGAGCCAUAUCCAGAAUUCCGGCACAUCAAGAAGGAAUGGAUCUACGAAAAGGAUCUGCGUCAACACUAUGUGCUUCCUCGUGUGCUUCGGAUUCCUGCCAUUACUCAAGAGACCGCCAUUCCCAAUCUCAAACCCUUCGUAGCAGCCCUGAAGGAUGCAGACUCCGAGCUCAAGCUCAAUACGGAAGCGCGCGAGCGUGUGCCCAAUCUUUCCGAGCACCUUGACGAGAAAGAGGCGGAGGCAACGGCGGCCGAGUCGGAUGCACAGCCGUCCAACAAAAAGAAUGCAGGUACGGACACGUCGCAAGACAUCAGCGGGUCUCCGCAGCGCGGCUCGCGACGCCGAAAGCCGCGACGCUUCAACCGGCUGAAUAGCUUCCAGCAGUUCCGUCCGGCGGAACCUUCAGCAGAACAACCUCCCCUGAGCCAGGCCUCGUCACUCCAGCGUUCAGAGAUCCAGAGCGAGGCAUCGUCAGCCAGGGGCAGCGUGGAUCAGCCAGAGCGGGCCGCCACACCCGUCCAGGAAGAGGCAAACGCGGAUCGCGAGGCUGACAAGCAGCCAUCCGCAAUGCGACGCUUUCGCGACUCGAUCAUGAAGUUCCAGGAUCGAUUCGAACGGAUCAAGAAAUUUCGAGAUGACCAGAUCGGCAAGGCGUCACUUCACUAUCAAGCUCCGACGCAAGCAUUCGCCCCUCACAGCGUACUUUCUCCCGAGGAGAUCGGUCUGAAUCCAGUCCGCCUUCCGACCAUCCGUUCGGGUGAUUCUAGUCUGGAGAACACGCCUCGUGUCGACGACGGCAAAGGCAACGAGGCCGAUGUUUCGAACAGCGUCUCUCCGGCGCUUCGCAACAACGACCCCUUCGGACAGUCUUCGGGCUUGCAUCGAUCCGGCUCGGUUGAGUCGCAAUGGAACGGCAAGACAGAUCCGUCUCCACCGCUCUCGCCCUACCAAAGCUCCACGCCGAGAUACGGUGGACGCACGGGCACUCAGACCCCAGGAGAGCCUGGCCUGCCGUACGACUACGCCGAGAUUCUCCAUGCCGCUCGCGUCAGGCACGGAUUCGUCCAAAGAAUGCAUAACCCCGCCGAUGCAUCCAAGCAGUCGCUCUGGAGGGGAAGCGAAAGGGCCGGCUCAGGUAGUGAGACUGCGUCCGAAAGCGGCUUGGGGGAUUCACCUUCUCGGUCGGCCAUCCAGAGGAUGCAAGAGGAGGCGGACAAGCACAACAUCGGCUAUGUUGUCUAUGAUGGACCUACGUCGCCAGGCGUCCGCACACCGAGGUCACCGGUCAGCGAUGCAGAAGUGUUUCCGGCACGAUCCGUCUCGCCCCAGCCUCAGCCGGCGGUGAAUCCUCGAACGGACUCGCGGCCUCGAGUUGCUGCCGCUGGUCGGCGAGCGCGGACCAAAGGUAUCGCCCGCCCUGCGAAUCUCGGAUCCUUGAGUGUGCCGCCACGCUUUGAUACCGGCCAGAAGAGCUUGCCUGGUGUGGAUCCCUUGCCUGGCGUGGAGUCGCCUUCAGCAGAGGGAGCGCCUGCAGCCAAGCGUAAGCGGCCAGACCCGCUGGGUGAUCCAUCCAGCUCGCCGUCUCCAAAGGGCUUUGUUGGGUUUGGACCGCCGCCUGGCGAGCUGCCGUCUCCGCAAUUCCCCGGCUUCCGACGCUCCAUCCCCGGCAAAGACCAGCCGAGCGUCGCAAGCAACGUCGCAAGCAACCGUCCAAACACCAGUCCCAAUCCGAUCAUGGAUCCCACGGUUCCCGCUUCGGUCGUCUUCCGCCGUCAACGCCUUCAGAAUCUCGUGCGUACGGACCCCAACUAUCUCUCCAAGCUUCGCGGCAGCACGGUCGCCGCGAGCGAGGCCAACAUCCGAAUGGCGCGCGAACCCAACGCCGCACGCUCCGGCCGGGACUCUCCCGAUCUUAGCCGAGCACCCACGUUCCCCCCGAGAACCAUGCCGACUCAGCAGGACUGA